UCGGUCUUACUAAGAUGAAACGCUCAUCCUGCAUAAAUCACAAAAACCUCUUUGAUGUACAGUUUAUAUCUACGUCGUUCUAGGGAGAUAUGGUUUAUAUAUGGGUGUAUAUUGCAUGCAUGUAAUGCCAAUGCCAUAAUACAUCAGUGUUGCGUCAUGGAGUUUGUGUUGGAUAUAUGCAAGUGGUCUUGAUCGCUGAUUGGUUAAAGAUGUUACUUAGACUAUCACAUGAUGAGGACUUACAUAAGGCGACUGACACAAAAGGGAAAAGAGUAUUUCCCUUCUGUACAGCGUUGUGUGAACAACAAAAUUAAAGCAUUAUAAAACAGUGUUAAAAUAGCAUUUCAUUCAUCUGAAAACGUUUGGUGGCGGUUAAAACACUUGGGUUACUGCUUAGAAACGAUGGAAGAUGUACAGAGCCUAAAUUUUGACUUCAUGGACAACGAAUUUAGCUUUGAAUCGAGCUUCGAGAGUUAUAACAAAGAAUCGCAGACACGAGAAGAAGAGAUUAAUAAUAACAUUGAAAACAACGAAACGGCUUUCCAAAAUCCAACAUCGAAUUGGAUGGGUGAUAUUUUGUUUGGUAACAAGGAAGAGCUAGAAUGCGUCAGCGAAGAAAUUUCAAGUGAGGGGCUUCCAAGUAAAAGCGGCAGCGAGGAUUUAUGUCUGGAUAACUGGUUGCAACCAGAUACGUUUGCCCAACCGCCAGAACACCGUCCUGUCUUUCCUCACAAUCAAGCAAGCACUGUAAAUGAUGCACAGGUUAUUGCAGACGACCCGGACUUCGCUUUUACGAACUCGCUUGACCUCGCUUUAAAGGAGGGCGUUUGUACCCCAAACCAAAAAGUAACUGAAUCUUUGACAAACAGUGACGAGAUAGACUCUUUCGUAGAGAAAUUUCACAAAAUUGAUGAAAAUGUGCUCAAAGGAGUCGAAGGUAAAACUUCAAUCGAAAGAACUCAUUUCGGCGAAGUAAAAAGGCGAAGGCCUCCCGAAAUGGAACAGAAACAUAAAAAUAAAAAACCAAAAUUAAACGUUUCCGAAUUCAAUACCAAGAAUUCAGAGUCGGCUAUUUCGACAAAAACCAAAGACGCGUCGCUAUGUACUGUCGGAAGACGCCGUAGGGGUCGAUCCGACACGAAGUCAAGAAGUCGUCGAAGUGCACAAACCUCGUUCGGUGAGAAUUCGACGUCAAGCCCCGCUGCCGAAGUACCAUCUCUUUCCCCGGUUAAUCCCAACGCGUAUUUUGACGAUGAAGAGUUAAUAGCUCUUGAUACAAAGGAACUAAAUUUAAGAGUAAAAUAUUUACCGAAGAAAAUCGUUAAUGAAAUAAAACAUCGACGUAGAACUUUAAAGAAUCGUGGCUACGCCCGAUCAUGUCGAGAGAAAAAAAUUGAUGAAACUACAAGUUUACAAGAAAACAACUCUCAUUUAGAAAAAGAACUUGCCGGUACUGGCUUUGAAUUACAUCUGGCUAAACUGCAACGAGAUGAGUGGAGGAAGAAAUACGAAACUUUAAUUUCUGAAAUAAAGAAGCGAGGUAUCAAAGUAGAAGCGUAGAAUAUCAAAUGCGACAAAUAAAAAAGGCCGGUUUGAGCCAGAUUAAACCGCGAACCUUAUAGCAACAGCGGCAAGCCGAAAAAAACGUAUUUAGAUAAUUCUGUAUGGUAGUGUAUGAAUUACAUUAUAAGGACAUACUAACGGUCCUGAGUGAUAUAAUACUGUGUGUGUAACACUGUAAUACUGUGUGACAUCACUCAUCAGUUAAUAAAAAUUUCCGAGGUGCAAUAUACUCAGGUCUGAAAAAAUUGUAAAGUUUCAACGGUUAAUUCGUAAUGGUAGCGAUUUAUAUUAAGUGGUGCAUGCUAUUUUAUAGUUUAGCAGUUGCGUUGUUGCACUAACAUGGGUGACAAAAAGAAUAUAAAAAGUAAUGCUAUAUGAUUUAAUCAUUAGAUUUGACGCGAUGAUAUCAUCGUUUUAGUUUUAUGUAUACACCGUUGCUCGUAUUGUUAUUAAUGCUAAAAAAUAUUGUAAAGUGGUAAAUAUAUAUUAAG